AUGGCCACCACCGCCACCGUCACCAUGGCCACCAUCCCCACUGUCACCACCAUCACCAUCACCACGGCCACCGCUGCCACCGCUGCCACCAUCACCAUCGCCACUGCCACCAGCGCCAUGGCCACCACCCUGCGUCACCACUGCCACAUGCCACGACCACCAGUGUCACUGUCCCCUGCCACCACUGUCACCAUCACCACCACCACCAGUGCCACCAGUGCCACCAUCCCUGCCACCACUGUCACCACCAGUGCCACCAGUGUCCCUGUCCCCCCUUCCACCAGUGUCCCCGUCACCACCAUCACCAGUGCCACCAGUGUCACCAGUGUACCUGUCCCCACUGCCACCAGUGUCACCGUUACCACCAUCACCAGUGUCACCAUCACCAGUGCCACCAGUGUCACCAGUGUCACUGUCACUGCCACCUCCACCAGUGCCACCAGUGUCCCUGCCCCCACUGCCACCACUGUCACCAUCACCAGUGCCACCAGUGUCACCAUCACCACCAGCGCCCGCGCCCCCAGGUGA